GGAAAACUUACUGCUUGCAGCAACAGCCAACAGCGGGUUCAAAUGUUGUUAUCCUGCCUUCAGUUCGCCAUUCCUUCGCUGGAGUUGAUCGCGUUGAAGUCGCGGUGUUGCGCGAGCUAUUCUUGAUUGUUUUCCAUCGUGGCGUCCGGCGGUUACGAGUCUAUUUUUAGUUCGGUGCAAUUUUCGCCAAUACGCUAAAAUCUGCGCGCCAAAGUGCCUUGGGCUUUACAGUGCGGGAAAGUGGUACCGCGAAAUGAUUGAGUGAGCUUUUGUCAGUUUCGCGUUUCAUCAACUAAUCAAAAUACCCGAAAAGCAAAGCUGUGUGAUUCUAGGGAAGGGUUUUGUGGUGAGGCGAAGGGAACGAACGGAAAAAGGCAAAGUUUUAUCGAUUCUGAACAUUAAAAACAAACACCACAUUACUACACCCUGGCGGCGGUUGAUGGUGUUCUGAAGGAAACGUAGCAACCUGCUUCCGACCAACUGCCUUCUCAAAGCUCGAAAGCUACUUCCAAACGAUGGUCAGACAAAGUCGGCGUGGUGUUUUAGUGGAGUGAUUCGUGGAACAAAGCAAUCCGAAAAUCAGUGUCUUUCCGUGGAAUUAAUCUAGUAUUCAUUGGGAGCAACGUAUGCAUCCAAGUGGCCGUAGUUUGAAUAUGAAUCUUACCCAAGCGUGCACAGGAUUAUGAAUGCAGUUCCCUUAUUUAGUGUCUUCUACCUAUCAUCAACGGUGUGGAUUUACGCAGUAACAGGAGCACUAAUCCAUCGACUUCCAGAAAACGUUUCGGCGUACGAUAAGAAUGUCAAACCAGGUUCACUCACAGAAGUGUCAAUUUCCCUGUACAUCAAUCGGAUAUCGGGAGUGGACGAGAACAAGGAGGAAAUAUCAAUCGACGCGUUUCUGCAAGUCACCUGGGAGGAUCCCCGGCUGGUUCCGGACGAUCCCACCGGCACCAUGACCAAGGAGUACAUGGAGCUCACGCCGACCGAGCAGAUGACGGUGUGGGUUCCCGAUCUGUACAUACGGCAGCUGCGGGAGAUGAAGGUGAUGACCCUGUUCGAGGAAAUCAGCAAACUGCGCCUGUACAAAAAUAGCACCCUGGUGCUGACCAAGGGAGCCACAAUCAUCUUUAAGUGCGACAUGGAUUUCGUACUGUAUCCGUUAGACGUACAAAGAUGUCCAGUAGAUUUUAGUAGCUACAAAUACAGCGUAAGAGAGAUGCGCUUCCGUUGGAAAAACGACAACGGCCUGAUAUUCCCGAAGGAUUUCGGAGAUGGGUUCUUCCGAUUGCCAAAGUACGUCGUGUCGUUCUACACCGAGCAGAAUCCGCAGACGAUUCACUAUGGCGAAGCCAUCUUUCUCUGCGCUUCAGACAACCAUAGUUCCGCCCGACUGGAGAUAACACUGUCACGUGAGGUCAAGAGCUACCUACUGGAGAACUACCUUCCCUCGACGCUGUUCGUGUCCAUGUCCUGGGGUUCAUUUGUCGUCGUUCCGGAAAUCGUUCCGGGUCGAAUGGUCCUGCUGGUGACGACACUCCUCUCCCUAAUCACCAUGUUCGACACCGUUCGGAACAACUCGCCGGAUGCUCUCGAGCUCAAAUGUCUGGAGGUGUGGCUGAUAUCGUGUACGCUCUUUGUAUUUUUCGCGCUGAUGGAGUAUUUUAUUGUGCUCUUCGGCAUUCGGUACGAUAAACACUGGCGAGUGCCCAAAGCCCAUCAUGUGCAGGUCGCACCCCCCGUGCAGAUCCAAUCGACACUGUCCCUGUCUCCGAACACUGUUGAGACACCGAUGAACUCCCGCCAUGCUCCGCAGCGCGAAAAUGGCCUGGAAAGCACCGGACUCAAGGUUACGGGGACCAACAAGGUGCAACCGCAGGAGGCCGAUGCAUCCAAGGUCAGUUCGAUCGGGAACCUAUCGGGCAGUUUCCAAACCACUCAGCACGUGACUUCCGUAAUGACCAGAAGGCGUGUUCACAGCUUCCGCAACGUGGCCGACGUGGCGCUGAUGUAUGCCGGCUCGCAACGAGGCCGGUUGGACCAAAUCUCGCUCAUUAUCUUCCCACUGAGCUUUCUCAUCUUCACAAUCGCCUACUGGACAAUGUACAUCAGCGAGUCCAAUCAUCGGAAGAAGAUGUAGCCAUCCACGAAUGCUUUCCCACACCGCUAAGGAUUCCAAUCAGUUUUCUACCAUCAGUAUACUUGAGAGUCUUGUUCAGUAGAUGACUUGUGUAGAUAUAAUGUAGGUUAGCAGAGAUCUUUGAAUGCCGUUCGAAGAUGCAUUGAAUCAACAAACAAACAUAUCGUUAUAUGCAAUCGACUUUGCCUUCAAAAGUAUUUUUCCUCUAGUCAAAUUGCUUUCGAUAAGAAAAAAAAUGUACACCAAACAAUGAAACAAUUGCCUUUACCCAUUGUACAGCAUUCUCAUAUAGUGAUAUAGGUAAACUCCGGAAGGAGAGAAUAUUGUUUUCCGUUAGAUAUGUUACGUUUUGCCUCAUUAUUCCAGUUUAAAAAUCGUUGAUAAGUAUUUUAAUAAAAUAUUAUUCCAAGACUAA